CAGUAUAGGCUUUUAGGCUGCAUGCAUUUGAAAAUAGAUUAGCUGCAUUUCAUUAUUCACGAUUUGAAGGAAUAUAUUUUAAAAUGUUUGUAUAUUAAACUAAUGAUUUAAGAAGUCAAACUGUCAUUUAAGCACAAAUGUUAUGUUGUUGAUAUUGAAUAAUUAAGACAACAAUGUUAAGAGCAAUAUCAUGUAUUCACAUCGAGGGCCGGGCUCUUAGACGAAAAGACUUUUUUAAAGUACUUCGUAUGUGUGCACAUUCCAAUACAAAAGUAGAGCCACACACAAGGAAGUUGAAAAAAUAUAGAACGACUGUGUUAAGUCAAGAUGCAGGUCAUGCGGAGCAAAAGAGCAAUCGGGAACACCCAAGAGCAGCAUCUGCUUCUGUACCCGGUCCUGCACCCCGCGCGGACGGUUCAUCCCCGCCGCCCCCGCCGCCGCCGCCACCGCCGCCGCGCUCCCGGCGUGCUCUCACCUUGAUUACAGCUCUUACUUUUACGGCGUCACUUGGAGGGGUAUACCUGUAUCGUAAAAUGGCACAAGAGGAUGAAGUGAUGGAGAAUAAGGCAGGAGGUAGUGAGGAAAGCAAAAAGGAAGAAGAGGAGCAACCGUACCCGGCUUCGGAGGCGGAUUUCCCGGAGCGCGUGCAGUACCUGCUGGUGGGCGGCGGCACGGCGUCGUUCGCGGCCAUGCGCGCCAUCCGCAGCGCGCGGCCCGACGCCAGCGUGCUCAUCGUGUCGGCCGAGCGCGCGCUGCCCUACAUGCGGCCGCCGCUCAGCAAGGAGCUGUGGCGCGAGCCCGAGCUGGCGCGCCGCGCCGCCGACCCCGACGCGCUCUCCUUCCGCCAGUGGAACGGCCGCCGCCGCAGCCUCGCCUACGAGCCCGCCGCCUUCUACGCGCCCGUCGAGCGGCUGCGCGACGGCGCCGGCGCGGCGGUGGCGCGCGGCUGGCGCGUGCUGCGCCUGGACGUGGCGCGGCGCGAGGCCGAGCUGGCGGCGGGCGAGCGGCGCGCGCGCGUGGCCUACGAGCAGUGCCUGGUGGCGCCGGGCGUGCGCGCGCGCCGCCUGCCCGCGCUGCGCGCCGCGGCGGCGGCGGGCCGCGCGCUGGCCGUGCGCGACGUGCGGGACGUGGCGCGGCUGGCGCGCGCGCUGGACCAGCCCGCCGUGCGCACCGUGGCCGUGGUGGGCGCCGGCCUGCUCGGCGCCGAGCUCUCCGCCGCGCUGGCGGACCGACUGCGGGAGCGCGGCGUGCGCGUGGUGGCGCUGUACCGCGAGGCGGCGCCGCUGGCCGCGCUGCUGCCGCCCUACCUCGCCGCGCACGCCGCGCGCACGCUGGCCGCGCUCGGCGUCACGCUACUGCCGCACUCGGAGGUGGUCGGCUGCAGCGUGGGCGAGGCGGGCGUGCGGCUGCAGCUGCGCGAGGCGGGCGGCGCGGGGGGCGCGGGCGGCGAGCUGGACGCGCAGCUGGUGGUGGAGUGCGUGGGCGCCGAGCCCGACGAGCGCGGGGUGCUGGUGAACGCGGAGCUGCAGGCGCGCGCCGGCGUGUGGGCGGCGGGCGACGCGGCCUGCUUCCACGACGAGCUGCUGGGCCGGCGCCGCGUGGAGCACCACGACCACGCCGUGGCGUCGGGCCGCCUGGCGGGCGAGAACAUGGCGGGCCUGCGCCAGCCGCGCGCCUACUCGCACCAGAGCAUGUUCUGGAGCGACCUGGGCGCCAACCUCGGCUACGAGGCUAUAGGAAUAGUAGAUUCGAGUUUAGAAACGGUCGGAGUGUUUUGUGAGGAUGCGGUGAGCGACGCCAGCUCGGCUGCGCUCGCGGCGGGCGCUGCGGGCGCGGCGGGCGGGGCGCCGAGCGAGGGCGCGGAGGGCGCGGAGGGCGCCGCGCUGCCCGACACGCGGGCGCUGCUGGCGGCCAGCGCGGGCGGCGCGGCAGCUGCGGGCGCGGCGGGGGCGCCGGGCGACGAGGCCGGCGGCAAGCGGUACGAGCGCGGCGUCGUGUUCUACCUGCGGGAGCGGCGCGUGGUGGGCGUGCUGCUGUGGAACCUCUUCAACCGGAUGCACGUGGCGAGACAGGUGUUGGCGCAAGGUGAAUUCGAAGACCUGUUCGAAGUGGCGAAACUGUUCUCCCUGCACGAAGACGAUUGAGCUAUCGACGGCAUUUAUUUAUACGUGUACAUAGUAUUACAUAGAUACUUUAAAUAAAAUGGUGUACGAUUAAAUUCUUAAAUUUUAUUGUCUUCUUCUGUUCGCCCCAAUUCCAUAUGGGCUUACUGCUUUUUGUCAGGUCUGUCUUGCUUGUGUGCCAGGUUAGCUGCGUUUGCUUCGUUUAUUUAACAACAAUGAAGUGGCUAGGGGAGGGCAUCUAAAUUGUAAUUUAUUUGCGAAAUAUUUGAAGUCGAUUUCGACAACAACUGUAAUAAAUCGUCACUACGCGGCAGUCCUCCUUGUCAUGUGAGUUUUUUGGCACUUUUGCCUUGACUAAAUCUGAAAUAAAGUA